CAAUAAUAUAAUAAUAAUAAUGAUAAAUAAAUAUUAAAAAAAUCGUCAUUUUUUUUAAAUAUAGUAUAAGUAUGAAACUUACCAAUUUUAUUAUUCCAAAAAAAGAAGUAUCAAGUUGCCCUUGCCUUCAAGAUAUCCUCAUAGGAUCUCAUGAAUAUAAACAAAUUACGAAAAUACUAUCAGACUCCUUCACUUGUGAUAAAAACCCAUUGUGCGGAAUUAUGACCAAAAAAACUCAAAUAUUCGUCAAUAAAAAGGGUGAGGAAAAAUACCUUGAAAAAAAAUAUGAGAUGAAAAAGUUUCUCAGCGGAAGAUCUCCACAAGAAAUUUACGCGUUUUCAUUCGUACCGCUCGAUAAAGUCAAUACGAUAGCCAAUGGAAGCUUAGAGAUUGGUAAUUUGAAAAAAUCUAUUCUUGGUUCCUGGGAAAAGGGAGUACAUUUAUUUCGUUAUGCCGACACGUGCAUUUUAGACUCUAAGAUCAAUAAAAGAAAUUACCAUACGGACACGUAUGGUAAUCGUUUAUGGACCUCCGAUUUUCCUCCCUACACUUUCAAACUAGAUAAAGGCGAACAAAUAUCUUGUCUUAUCAUAUUCAAAGUUUUAUUGGGUCGAAUACAGACGGUUGUUGUUAAUGGUGAGGAGAACGAAGUUGACCCAUCCCCAAUCCACGACUCUCAUAUACCUGAUCAAAAGCCUAUACCAGAUGAAAAAUCUAUUUCCCUUAAAAGAGAUAAAUCUAUGAUUUAUAUCUAUGAAUACGAUAUGAAGAAUCUCUCCCUAAUUCAAUAUCCGCGAAAUAUAUCACCUUAUGCUGUCAUUUAUUACACUAAACAACCCAACCAGCGCUUCGAACGAUUGAUUCACAACAAUAUUUAUAAUAAUCCCAUUCAUGGAAAAAAAGGAAACAAAAUUUCUACCCUAGUAAACAAGAGUGGAUCGAUCUCUCAACCAGAGCCACCCUCUAUUGUCAAACCUGAGAUAUCUACAAAAGAUGUCGAUGAACGCCGACAUUCUUUGAUACCCCUUUACCCCAAGCCAGAAAUAAAUGGUCCGCGUCCUAAUUUCCCGGUCAUAAUAACCGAUGUUCCUAUUCCUAAUCAAAGCCUUCCAUAUAUCAGAAAUGAGAAUCUCAUUCAUAAUACUACGGUCACCCAAUUGCCUUACAAUUAUCAUGAUGCUUACAAUCAAAAUUUAUUACACGUGAAUACGUAUAACAGAGAUGUAAAUUACAAUAAUACCUAUAUAACAUCUAACAAUCAAUAUCCCAACAUUGGUUUAUGCUAUGCCAAUGUUUUAUCAACAACAAAUUCAAACAAUGCAGUCACAUUCACAAAUACCAUGUUAUAUAAUGAUAAGGUUAAUAAUACAUCCAUCCUGGACAAAUGUAACCAACUAAUAGGCCAAUUAGGCUUGGACCAAGGCGUCGACUUUUAUAACUUUAUAUUUUCAAUCAUGUUAAAAAUUCUCUCGACUUUAGAUGAAAAAUUUAACCAGGUCGAUAGUAAGAAUUCGAUUCAUAAAACAAUAGACUUCAUGGUUCAAUACAUAUCAGAAUUUAAUUCCGAUUUACCUUCCGAUAAUCCACAGAUUUUACAAUCAGAACUACAGCGAACCAUUGAGGAUUUGGUUGAAAAUCUCAGGAACCCCGACGAUGAUAACGAGAAUGAAAAUAAAUGUAAUAUAAGCGACCUUAAAACCGAGUAUACCGAAGAUAAUAUGGAAAUUGACAAUUAUUCCCUCAAUUAUCCGACCUCCUCUCCCACGGCUUCGUACACGGAACAUAAAUAUAGCGUUAAUGAAAGAAAGAGAAAGAAAGAUGUCUCUGAAGGUAGUCCAGAAAAUGGUCUAGACGCGGCUUCAACAUCCCGUUCCUCCAAAAGGAUUGAUCCCAGGUUGCUGAGACAACACAAAAACAAUCUCGACAACUAUGAUGAUGAUGAUAUUAACAACAUAAGUGAUAUAGAUAUUCAGGAAUACGAAGGGAUUGAUUGCAAUGAACAAAAUUUGCUUAUUAAAUCGAAAUAUGAAAACCUAAAGUUUCAUGGCCGGGCCCUUAUAACUUUAAACGAUUUGCCGAUAAUUAUUCCCGUAGACAAAAAACACAAAAAAGAAAAAUAUGAUCCUCGACGUCGAAAAUCGGCCGAACUUAAAACUGUCGUCAGUGCAUUCAAUGGCAUUAUUCCGGUGUUUCUAGAUGAUUAUAUUGAUACCCCCUAACAUUUAUUGUUAUAGCAAUAUUAAUUUAUAUAAAUAUUAUAUUAUAUAUUAUAAUGUUAAAGAAAA